AUGCCUCUUUUCUCAAAAAAGAAAAUAGCUCCAACAGAAAUUUCUGAUGAUAUAGAGAAAGCUACCGAUUCUUCCGUAAAAGAUUUGGAUUGGGCUCUUGUAUUCAAAUUAUGUGAGUCUGUCAACUCUACGGAAUUGGGGGCAAAGGAAGCUAGAAAACUUUUACAAAAAAAAAUGAUAUCGACCGAGCCAAAAACCCAAUUGUUGGCCUUAGAGAUAUUGAAUGCCUUGUCUGAAAACUGUACAAAGAUGAUACGACCACAAUUGACCGCAAAAUCAUUUGGAGAGGAGCUGAAUAAUUUGGUUUCGUCGAAGACUAUAGAUGGAGAAGUAUACGAUAAACUGGCGCAAUGCUUAGAAAACUGGGCCAGAUUGUCAAAUGGUGAUCCACAAUUUUCAGCCAUACAUAAAGCGUACAAUGCUAUUACAAAAGGAGCCAGUAGCAGACAACGACAAACUGCCCGUCACAAAAGAAGCGAGCAUACGGUAAGGUCGACAGGACCACCGAAGCCUGAAAACAUCAAGCGUGAUAUCGAAUUGGCAAGAAAUAGCGCACAAUUAUUUUCUCAAACAUUAUCCUUUACCGAUCCUACUCAGGAAGAUAUAUCAACAAAUGUGCUGAUCCAGGAAUUUCGUACCAAGUGCAUACAAGCCCAACAGCUGCUGGCAGCGCAUUUGGAAACGUGUGAUGAUUCUGAUCUCCUUACUGAUCUUAUAAAUACAAACAAUGAGCUAUUAAGCUGCUUCAAAUCUUAUGAUGAAAUGCUGGAACAGCACGCUGUCAAUGAGGCAACGAUAAAUUCACAAAAAUUACAUAAUCGUAAUACCCGCGACAACGAUCAACUACAGCAGCAGCGCCAUUUGGAAAGCCUAGAUAAUAUAGGUGAAGCAUCAUCAACCAUUCCUAAUCCUAAGGAUGAAACUCUCGAAAUACAGAAAUCGAGCUCUUCUAAAAACCCAUUCAAAUUAAGAAGCGACGACCCUUUCGAUCCCUUUGGAGAUUUGAACCAAAUUGACGCUUCUCAUACAGUCCCUGUUUCUGAGAGAAGCGUGGGAGACCAAUUGCUUCCGCCGCCAUUGACUCCACAAAAAUUGCAUGAUUAG